AUGUUCGUCUAUCUGCUGCUGGCCGUUAUCACGGUCUCGGUGUGGUACGUGCGCCGGAAGUAUUCGUUCUGGUCCGAGCGGGGUGUCCCGUUCGUGCGGCCACGGUUCCCCUUCGGCAACAUACAGGCCAUCGGAAGGCGAAUGCACUCAUCGCAGCUGAUGACCAAGUUCUACACGGAGCUAAAACCGUCCGGUCGGCCGUUCGCUGGGAUCUUCUUUUUCACCAACCCGGUGGCUCUGGCGCUCGAUCUGGAUUUUGUGAAGAGUGUGCUGGUGCGGGACUUUACGCACUUUCACGAUCGGGGCAUGUACUACAACGAAAAGGAUGAUCCGAUAUCGGGCCACCUGUUCAACAUCGAGGGCACGAAGUGGACCAAUCUGCGCAAGAAGCUGGUGCCCACGUUCUCAUCCGGCAAGAUAAAGCUAAUGUGCCCGACGAUUGUGUCCGUGGGUGAGCGCUUCCGGGAAUGCCUGGAGCGGUGCAUCGAUGGCCCCGGGGAUGAUGGUGACGGCGUGGUGGAGAUGAAGGAACUGCUCGCCCGGUUUACGACGGACGUGAUCGGAACGUGCGCGUUCGGGAUCGACUGCAACAGUUUGAACGAUCCGAAGGCCGAGUUUCUGCGCAUGGGUCGCAAGGUGUUCGAGGUGCCCCGUGGUCGCAUACUGAAGUUUUUCUUCAUGGCCUCGUUCAAGGACUUUUCUCGCCGGAUCCACAUCAAGGGCACGAGUGAGGAUGUUUCUGAGUUCUUUUUCAAGGUCGUUCGCGAGACGAUCGAGUACCGGGAGAAGAACAACGUUCAGCGCAAUGACUUCAUGAACCUGCUGAUGCAGCUGAAGAACAGUGGGCAACUGGACGAUUCCGGCGAGGAGGUCGGUAAGCUGAGCCUGAACGAAGUGGUGGCGCAAGCGUUCGUGUUCUUCCUCGGUGGAUUUGAAACGUCCUCGACCACGAUGUCGUACUGCCUGUACGAGUUAUCACUGAACCAGGAAGUGCAGCAACGGGCCCGAGAGUCCGUGCUCGAGGCGGUCCAAAAGCAUGGGGGGCUUACGUACGAAGCGCUGCUGGAUAUGCCCUACAUCGAUCAGUGUAUCAACGAAUCGCUUCGAAAGUAUCCACCGGGAGCGAACCUCAUCCGGCAGGUUAGUCGCGAGUAUCGUGUGCCGGGAACCGAUGUCACCUUCCCGAAAGGGAUGAACGUAAUGAUCCCGGUUUACGCCAUCCAUCACGAUCCGGAAUACUAUCCAGACCCGGAACGCUACGAUCCGGAGCGGUUUGCACCGGACCGUAGCGAGAGUCGCACUCCGUUCACGUUCCUACCGUUCGGCGAGGGGCCACGGAUUUGCAUUGCGCAGCGAUUCGGCAUGCUGGAGGCUCGCAUCGGGUUGUCGGUAUUGCUGAUGAAUUUUAACUUCUCUCGCUGCUCGAAGACCAAUGUCCCGUUGAUUAUUUCAUCGCGACACGCAAUCCUUACACCGGAAGGUGGGCUGUGGUUGAAGGUGGAAAAGCUGAAGCCUUGAAACGGUUUUUGUUGAUGGUG